GUCCUCAGUGGAAUGUCUUCGGAGUACAUUGGAGGUGUAUGCUACAAUGCUUAUGAUAGCGGGAUGUCUUUGCCAUGUUAUCAGGGAGCUUUCUGAUAAAGACAAAAUUGUGGAAGAUUAUCUGAAGUGGUAUUUUUUCACCAGAAAUGCUGCUUGUAUACAAAGGUUCAAAGAAGGACUAGCCACACUAAAUGUUCUUGAAGCAAUGAAACAAAAUCCAUCAGGAUUCAUGAAAUACUUCUGUUUUUCUGAGAAAAAAAUAAUUUCUGAAAAUAUGGAGAAUAUUUUUAAAGCUGAGUUUAGCCAGCCUGGUAGCAACAGAAGACAAGAGGAAGUGAGGAGAGCUGCAUACUGGGCAGACUACUUGUUAGAUAUUGAAGGUAAAACAUCAUUUGCUGAACCAUCUUUGGAAGAUAUCCUCAUGUUCUCAACCGGUGUUUCCUCAAUCCCACCAAUCGGCUUCCAUCCAAAGCCAACAGUUAAUUUCUUGCAUACCUUCUACUGCUUUCCACCAGCUUUUACUUUACUUAAUAAAGACCUAUAG